AGGUCUUAGAGAAAGUGUAUAAAAACAGUAAUGAUCAAUGGAGGGCACUUGGUUACAAGAAAGCGAUUGCUUCUAUCAAGAAUUUUCCAAAGAAGAUUGAGACACUUGAGGUAUAAACAAAAACGCUGUACAUCGAGAAAGCAACCUUUAAAUGAGUGACCUUGCUAUAGGGGGACAAAACUCUCACCUCCCUCCCCCCACAUACAACAUCUGAAUAUUCGUCUUUGUUGCUGCGAUUCUGUUAAGAUAAUAGUAUAGAAGUUUAACAUUUUGCUGGGAUAAGUAACUUCGACCCUGUUCCUGACAUUAUAAGUUGUUUUAGGAAUGCAAAAAUUUACCAUUUGUUGGAGAAAGACUUGCCAACAAGAUCUGGGAAAUUGUUCAAACUGGACAUCUUCAAAGAUUAGAUCAUUUAGAUGCCAAGACGGAUGCCAUGGAGUUGUUCUGUAAUCUCUGGGGAGCUGGUCCCAAGACUGCAGAAACCUGGGUGGCAAAGGUAGGUAUUGACGAGAGUUAGCCAUUUUGGUAAAAUAAGUGAAAAAGUAUGAGAUUGCUGAGAGCCUAAGAACACGAAACGCGUGCUGAACACCUCAGUAAUAGUGUUCAAUCUAGGUGAUAAUGAAGUUUCCUUCCAGCUAAGUGCUGAAUUUCGAACAGUGCAGCUCAAACUUGAUCUUGUUGUAGGCUAAGUAGAACACUUCAUUUAGGGUUAGUUUUCGGAAGAAAAACCGGAGUUUCCAGAGAAAAACCCUCAAAGCGCAAGAGAGAAACAACCACAAUUAUAUUUAGUUUUUCAGUAGCUGGCUUAGCUCAGGAGUAGGAGCAGCGUGCUAACCACGAUCAACCAGCCUCUUCUAACACUAGCUGUGCCUCUAGGGCCUCAAAACUCUUGAUGACUUGAAAGAACAUGGGAAUCUGAAUCGACAACAGCAGGUUGGUCUCAAGUACUACAAUGAAUUCUUGGAUAGAAUGCCUCGAAGUGAGGCUGAAGAGAUAGGAAAUAUCGUAAAGCAGGCAGCAUGUGACGUUGAUCCUGCACUCGAGUGCAUGAUAUGUGGGUCAUUCCGACGCGGUAAGUCAACAUGUGGUGAUGUUGAUGUCUUGGUAUCUCAUCCUGAUGGUCGCUCACAUGAAGGAGUCAUGUUUCUUCUCUUGGCCGAACUGAAGGAGAAUGGUUAGUCAGUUACGAAAGUAUAAAACUACAUUUAUUCUCAACUGUCCAGUUGUACUACAUAAGGAAACUUAAACCAAACUAACGUAUCUUGUGCUGGAUAGCUCAUCAGUUUUAAACUGUUCUUCCUAAAAAUCCAGUAAGGAUCGUCAUUUAUAUGUCCAGUGUUACUACAGGAGAGAACUGAACUAAACUAAAACUGGCAUAUAAAUAUGAGUAAUCAUGCUUUGAAUAGGGAAGACGGUGCCUAUUUGCCAGAGGAAUAUAUGCAUCUCAUUGGCAGGUGACGUCAUCCCUUGGGUAUUUAAGAAGCCACGAUUGCAAUUUUAGAUCACCCCUGGUGAAGACACUAGACUGGAGUGUCGGAACGUUGGGUAUUGAUUACAAUUCGACUGGGCUUUGUAAUCAUUUAUUUAAACCAGAGUAGCGGGCGAAACAUGAUUGAUAUACCUGGUUGCAGUGAACGAACAAACAUUAAACUAAAACUGCUCCUGUUAGGUCUAAAAUUGUAUAUAACCUUCCGCUUAAAAUUUAAAAGGUACACUACUGUGCCAAUGUCUUAUCUCACCAAACUGAUAACUGUAUUUUUUCAAAUUAGGAUUUCUCACUGAUGAUUUGACUUUGAUGGACAAUCAGAAACAAAGAAAAUAUCUAGGAGUGUGUUUACUGCCUGGCGAGGGUCACAAGGUAAUGAUAAUGUCUGAUGUACACUUUACAUCUCAGUAGACUCUGCGUUCUUGCAGACUCUACAUCUUUAUAGACUAUAAAUAAAUGUCCACAAUGCUCACUUGUCUGUGAGAGCGGUCUCUUUAACGGAUAUACUUAGUGAGAAUAAAUAAACAUAACAACAGACAAUCUCAUGUUAUUUUCAUCUCCUAUUUUUCUUCCAGCACCGUCGUAUUGACAUUAUCGUUGUACCGUAUUCAGAGUGGGCUUGUUCUCUCAUCUAUUUCACCGGAUCAGACUACUUAAACAGAUCCAUGCGUUUGCUGGCCCGGAAAAAGGUAUCUACUUCUCUUUUUAAUUAAAACAUGUUUCUUACGUUUUAGUUAAAUCCAGUUAGAAUAUAGGUAGUCCUGACUCAAACCACGGUCCCUUGGAAAAUAUAUCUGCCAGUCGAGACACACAUGUCGGGUUAUUGUAGAAUAUGAUCUUCACGGUACUUCCAUGUUUAAACGCAAGAACUCCUUUUACAAAUGCCAGAACUCCCUUUUCAAACGCAAGAACCCCCUUUUCAAAUGGCAGAACUCCCUUUUCAAAUGGCUGAACUCCCUUUUCAAAUACCAGAACUCCCUUUUCAAAUUGCCAGAACUCCCUUUUCAAAUGCCGGAACUCCCUUUUCAAAUGGCAAAACUCCCUUUUCAAAUGGCAAAACUCCCUUUUUAAAUAGCAAAACUCCCUUAUUAAAUAGCAAAACUCCCUUUUCAAAUAGCAAAACUCCCUUUUCAAAUUUUGUAUGGGUAAAUUCUAGCAAAAUGAUUUAGUGUUAAACACUUAAUUACCUCAAAACAUUUCUUACAAAUCCUUCAAGACUUAGAAUUUACGUGUGCAAAAUUCUUACUGUGAUCCCUUUUCAAAUGCCGGAACUCCCUUUUCAAAUGGCAAAACUCCCUUUUCAAAUGGCAAAACUCCCUUUUUAAAUAGCAAAACUCCCUUAUUAAAUAGCAAAACUCCCUUAUUAAAUAGCAAAACUCCCUUUUCAAAUAGCAAAACUCCCUUUUCAAAUUUUGUAUGGGUAAAUUCUAGCAAAAUGAUUUGUGAAGUGAAGUGAAGUGAAAGGCUUUAUUUACUGAGGGUAACACGUGACAGUUAGAAACUGAUAAACUUGUGGCCCUCAAAAUUUACAAAAUUUAAGAUAUUAGAACAUAGUCCCUAUUUAAAGUUAAAAUUAUUAAAACACGACCCUAACGCUGCAACCUAUUUGCACAUUUUUGAUCAUCUAAAAACUGUUUAUAAAUACUACGCCUAAAGCUAAAAGCAGAAUGUAUACUUCUGACGUUCAAAUCUAAUUUGUUCCAGUCUAUAAUUGUUCUUACAGUGAAGGUUCUGCCUCCUUCUGUUUUACGAUUGUAAAUUGGGCAUAGCAUAUUCAAAUUCGAAUAACGUGUAUUCCUACUAUGCCUGUCUGAAUUUCGCGCUAAAAGUGAAUUUAGAUAGCUAGGAGUAUUAUAAGCACUAUUUACACGCUUAUACGCUAAUAUUAUUCUCUUGAUCAAAGACUCCUUGGUAAAAGGAAGCCAAUUUAAAGUGUUAAACAUAACAAUUGAAGGUGCCAUCUUUUCUGCAUCCAAAAUAAUCCGGGCUGCCCGCUUUUGAAGUUUCAAUACUCUUUGAAAACAUUCAGCAUUGCAAUUAUCCCAGAUUACACUCCCGUACAUCAUCGUAGGCUUUAUAACACUAUUAAAGUACAACUCCCUUUGCUGUUUCUUGAGGUACGGACUAAUGUGUUUAAGAAGACCAAGCUGUUUCGAGAGUUUCCGACAUAAUCGAUCAAUAUGUUCUUCAUAAUUUAAUCUAUUGUCAAUCGUUACUCCAAGGAGUUUUUGACAAUUUACUUCAGUAAUCUGUGUAUCAUCCACUUUAACUGCUAUGUCCAACACUUAAUUACCUCAAAACAUUUCUUACAAAUCCUUCAAGACUUAGAAUUUACGUGUGCAAAAUUCUUACUGUGAUCACAGAAACUUUAGUGUAAACCAGGUAUCAUGUCGUUGGAUUUUAAUCGUUAUUGAUCUUCUUUUAUAGGGCAUGUCUUUAUCUGAACACUCUCUUAAUACUGGUGUUGUCAGAAAGGUACAAGCAUUUAUAUUUUUUGUUUGCAGCGUUUUUCGUUAACGUGCGCCAUGUUUAUACUGAAUGCAUAUGUUUACCUUAUUGUUUACUUCUGAAACGUCUAAAAAUUCUCGCGGAUGGAAACAAAUUGUGCCAAGCGCAAGUUGCGCAAAAGCUAUAAAAUACAAAUAUGUUGUUUGUUCAGGGCCAGGAGCGUCUUGUGGAAGGCACACCUUUACCAGUGUUCAAUGAAAAAGAUGUUUUUCAAUACCUGGGUUUAGACUAUUUGGAACCUCACGAGAGAGACUGGUAGUAAAUUCUUAAUAUAUCUUAGAAUGCGCACAUUUUUAACUAGGUUUUUAAUAUCUGAUUUUUAAACAAUGGUGAUGUUUAAUCUUUGAAACGUACGUCAACGCCUCAAAGAAUAAAUGCAAUAUGGAAUUUUAGCUAAUUAUAGUAAUUCUAAGUUAAUUAAACUAUAUUUAUAAAAGUAUAUUUUUAAAGGCAAU